AUGGUUGGACAAGCACGGUGUUCCGAUCCCUCAACGGUCGUGGAUAGAGUGUUUCCGUGGUACGACUACAGAACGACGGAUUUUGACAGGAUCUGGCUACUUACCGCUACACCACUGCUCUUCUCCACAGUACUAACUCUCACGGGCAUUUUCUACUACGUCUACUUGGGGACUCUAGCUCGUAAGGUCGAAGACAUUGUACUCUACACGAAUUAUGCCUUCAAUGUAUCGAAUAUGACAUAUUUGAUGUGUUUUAUACUCACUACAUUAUCUGGAAAGUGGCAAUUUUUGCUUUUAGCAAUUACAGCUCAGUUAUUUUCUACCUAUUCCCAGAUACUACUAGCAUACCUUAUAUACUUGUCGAUGUUGCCAUUGAACAAUGAAUUUAACACUGCAAGGGUUCUAUUUACAUGUUGGAUAACAUUCAUAACCAUUGCCUCUGGAAGAGUUCUUGUAAUUCUGAUAGCCCAUUUGGUAGCAAUGAGCGAGGGAGGUGGCGAGUGGGACCUGAAAGAACCAAAGAGUGAAAGGGUGUUAAGGCAUGAAAAAUUAGCCCAGGAGGCGCUAAGGGAUAGGGUAGGAAAUUUUGGCUGUACCUUGACAGGAAAUUGUUGUUAUAGCGGAAGUGGGAGCAUGGGAAAUGAGUGCCUGCCUGAUCGUGGAGAUUGUUGCAAGGACUCAAGUGGAUCAAUUGCAAAUAGCCUAUCUGAAUUGGUAUAA